AUGGGAGGCAGCAGUGCCGCUCCUGAGCACAGCGCGUCGACCAUCGCCGCGGAGGAGGUGACAGGCUCGCACGUGCUCACCGUCGACGGGUACACCAGGACCAAAAUGUGGCUCGUCGCCGGCCAGUUCAUCCGCUCCGCCACCUUCGCCGUCGCUGGCCACCGCUGGUCCAUCUCGUACUACCCCGUCGGAACCAAUGCCGACGACUCCGACUACAUCUCCUUGUUCCUGCAUCUCGAGCCGACCGAUGCCCGGGCGGCCGACGUCGUCAAGGCAUGGUUCUCGUUCAGCCUCCUCGACGCGAGCGGCGAGCCGGUGCCGUCCUACACCUACUUCACCUACACGGCGAACACGAUCACCUGGGUCCUGCGAGGCUUCGUCUCCAUCGCCGGGAAAUGGCUGGCACAAGUUCAUCAGGAGGAAGGCGUUGGAGCAGUCCCCUACCUCCGCAACGACUCCUUCAGGGGGGCGGACGUGACGUUAGAGGUGGGCGGCGAGACCGUCGCGGCGCACCGGAGCAUCCUCGCCGCCCGGUCGCCGGCCCUCCGGGCCGAGCUCUUCGCCCUGGGCCCGGCGGGGCCGAGCGCCGCCGCGGUCUGCGUGUGGGUAGAAGGCAUCGACGCGGACGUGUUCCAGGCCGUGCUCCGCUUCGUGUACACCGACUCCCUCCCGGAGCUGGAGGAUGGCGGCGGCGGCGAGGCGGCGACGGUCAUGGCGCGGCGCCUGCUCGCCACGGCGGACAGGUACGGCCUGGAGAGGCUGAAGCUGAUCUGCGAGGACAGGCUCUGCGACGACAUCGACGCAGGCACCGUCGGGACGGCGCUGGAGCUGGCCGAGCGCCAUGGCUGCCAGGGGCUCAAGAAGGCGUGCCUAGACUAG